AUGGUGGUCAGUUUGAUUCUAGCUCCUUUUCGUAAAAGCUUAUUCUGGUUUUUUGCCUUUCAGAGAGUAAAGUUUGCCAAGGAGCAGUACGAUGCUCUUAAAAAGUUUGAAGUUCAACAUCAUGGAGACUUUUGGAAGUUGAUCAUGGAUAAAGUGAGUUUUCAAAAGUUCUUUAUUAUUCAAAAACGUUCAAUAAACUUCAGAUUGGAAAGUCUGACGGUCUCUCCAUCCUGGAUGUUUCCGAAGAAGCGUGUCUGUUCGCUCUCACAUUGGCUGAAAACCAUCCGUCCAACAAGUGGGGCCGUAUCCCUUUUGCCUGAUUAUUUGAUCUCUCGCCCAGGUUGACGAUCAUGUCAGCCGGAGACAAGCCGACGUGUGAUCUUCCGUCCAACGUCGAGUACCACAAGGGCUCCAUCACCCGGAGCGCCGACUCCAUCUCUCAGGUGUGUUCGCCGAAAACCAAAAUACCCAUAAAAUCACAAUAAUGUGAUGUGAACUGACGGAAAAUUGAUAAAAGCGUGCGUGCGUGAGAUUCUGCCAUCUGUUAUGUAACAAAUGCCCGCCUCAAAACAACAGGAGGCUCGACAACACUCUUUCUCUCUGCGAAGCGACUGAACCCCCCGGAGCCAGCGGAGGUUUUUGAAGUUUUCCGCAGUGAAUGGCGCAUCGGAUUACACGGUCUGGAGUGGGCGGCGGCGAAGAGACCCAUGAAACGGAUGAGAUGAGAACGACUGGUGGGGAAGGUUGGGGAUCAGAGAGCGUCAGGAAGUGUUGCCGAUUGUGUUUUCCACCUCGAGUCCGAUUGAAAUGAUCAAAGACUAUUGUAGUCUGAUCGGAGCUCUACCCUUCACAAAAACUAUCCCACGCCUCCAGAAGGUGCUGAACUUUCUAUAUCUUGUAGCUGAACUUGUUUUCCUUUUCAGCGUGGUCCCUUUGAUCUCAUCAUCUUCAAUGAGAUCUCUCAUGAUGUUGCGGACAUUGAUGGGCUCUUCAAAAAGCUUCGAACGCUUCUCAAAGGUUUGCUCGGAACAUCGUCGUCCGCUCCUUCCCAUCUCUUACUUUUUCAGACGCCGGCCAGAUUGUCUUGUUCUCACGGCCCAAGAACCCUCCGUUGCCAGUCCCUGACGUUUGUCUGAUGCUGUGGCGAAAGCUGGCGGCCACGAAAGAGGAGUUGCUCGCGUCGGCGAAUGCGGUGAGUGACCGGUGGCACCUGACUUAUACGUAGACGUUGGGUCCCACGGGGGGAGAAACCAGUCAUCAGACUUCUUGAUGAUCAUCCGAUGAGCAAUUCCAGGCGCAACUGAACUCGACGUGCUUCUCGGCGGCCGUUCCGAUCUCCGUCGACAAGGUUCAGUGGGAGAACAUACUCUACUCGGGAUGCUUCCCGGCCGUCAAAAACACUCCCAAAUGCGAUGAACGUACGAUUCGCGACUUUUGCGUCGCCAAGUCCGGAAAGUUCGAGUUCGAGGAAAAACUUCUGAUCGUCAUGCUCCGCAAAUAA